GAGAGAGGCGAGAGUUGGGAUUGGGGCGAAAUGGAGCCCCCGCGCCGGCGCCGGGCGCCGGAUCGGCUGACCUCCCUCCCGGAGCCCCUGAUCGAAGGCAUCCUAACCCGGGUCGGCUUCCGCGACGCUGUCCGCACCUCCGCGCUCUCCCGUGCCUGGCGGCGCCGCUGGGAGUCGCUCCCCGCGCUGUCCCUCUCCCUCCUCGACGGCCUCAUCAGCACGCGCCCGACGACUGUCGACAGCGUCCUCAUCCGCUUCGCCGGCAGCAUCCGGGUCUUCUCGAUCCGCAUCGACGCCGACUCCCUGUUCCGCUGGCGCCUCGACGACUGGCUGAUUGCUUUGUCCCGCCGGGGCGUCCGGUCCAUGGACCUCCGACUCCCCUGCGGCUUCAACAUCAACUCCUCGAUCUACUCUUUUAGCAACCUCGUGACCCUGGAGCUGCACGGCGGCUACGUCCCAUCCACGCCCGUGGGAUUCGCCGGCUUCCCCGCGCUCCAGGAGCUCAAACUCGUCGACGUCCAGGUCUCGGUGAAGGAGGCCUUGGAGGCUAUCAUCGGCCGGUCGCCCCGGCUUGCUGUCCUCGAGCUAUGUGAAGUGCACAACCCUAGCGACGAGCCGUGUAUGAUUGCGGCGCCCAAUCUCCGCAGCCUAACAAUCGUUUCGGUGGCUGAUUAUUACGCCUGGGAAUUUGGGGAGCUGCCGUGUCUCGACAACGCCACCAUUGAUUUUGAUACCUAUGUGAACGGGGAUGAUUUUGGAGUUUUCAUUGCCGGCGUUGCUCAUGCUAGGAAGCUCACUCUCUCAACGUUCUACUACCAACCGUACAUCGGGGAUAUUUUAUUGGAAACACUUCCAUACACCUUUGCCAAUUUAAGGAGUUUGUUUCUCUCUACCCACUUUGAAAUGUAUGGCAUUUUGUCAACAUUUUGCUUGCUAAGGAAUGCUCCUAACCUUGAAGAUCUCGAAAUUGUGAUUAUCAAUAAUCAAGAGCAAGAAACUGAAGCAAAUGCAGAAUUCCAGAAUACACAAUGGACCGAUGGGAUGUGUGCUAGCCUUCAUGUUGUGAAGAUCAAUGACAUUUCCUGUUUCUUAAAUGAGAUGUGCUUUAUAGAAUUGGUCUUAUCUAAAGCAACAGCUCUUCGCAAAAUGUCUAUUAGUCUUGGUGAUGAAUGCUCAAUGUCUGAAGAGAAUGCACUAAGCAAGUUAUAUACAUAUAGAAGAGCUUCACCUUCUGCCCAAGUCUUUUUCAAAGGCAACAACUCAAGCUCCGAUGGAGAGGAACUGACAACUUCAGCGCCAUGUGGAGCUAGAAGAACUUUAUUCAGAAAUAAGAGCAUAGAAAAAUUUCAUAGAUUCAAGCCUUGGGAGGAGAGAAGUAGUAGCUACUCAUCAUCAGUUAAAGGCGGAAAAGAAUCAAGAAUAGCAUAUAUUAUUAGUAUCUCCAACCAUAUGCAAUUUGGGAUGACCAAGAACAAAUCAUGGGGAUGUGUUGAUGCUCGUUAUUUUAACCUUCUAGCACCUCAUUUUUCUGGUUGCAAAUCAGGUAAAAAUACACUCAGACAAGGUCAUCGUGGAGCUACUGGAAAUUCAAGGGGUUCUGGACAAGAUCCUCACCCAGAAUGGAGUCACCAGGCCAAAACAGGGAAGGCACCGAAUGCACCAUCUAGGUGUAUUGUAAUAUGGCGUCGGCUCCCUAAUGGCUCAUCAAGCAUCAACUUCCCACCCAAGCAAACCACAAUAACAUACCUUCUAGGGAAGAUUCCAGAACAAGAGGAUUUGCACUUUGCACCACGAAGCCAAGAAGCCAAAAGGGACAACGCUGCACUAUCCCCACCACAUGUCGGCAUAUGUCGCACGCCGUCGGGCACACUGGACCUAUGGUUUCUACAAGACAAGCUUGCAGCUUGCGUUUAUAUAAAUAGUCUGAGUUUUCACGUGCAAAAAGAACUUUUGGCCAUCAGUCAAAGACAAACACAUCUAGAGAAUCGUGAGGAAUCCUGAUGAAGCUAGGAUGGUACACCACAUCAAGAUUGCAGAUCAAGAACCACUAGCAUCUAGGCCCAAGGGUCCCUAUCCUGCUGGCUGAUCUCCAUACAAGGUUGAUCGUUGGGAGCUCUAAGGCAUCAUCUAGCUAGUCACCAGGGGACUAGCCGAAGGUUGUGGAGUUCUUGAGUGCAAUACAGUUCAUGACAAUAACCUCCGAUUGGUGAUAUAACCCUCUCAAAGACGGGUCCUCUUUGUUUCCUGUUGCAGGAUUAAGUGCAUGAAGGAUUGGAGGUCAUUAGCGGGGAUUCGAAGGAGCUCUCCAUCAUACAGAAACCUCACGACAUGAAAAUCAAAGGUCCUCGGGCGAUCGUCGAAAGGCAGAGGCUAGAGACAAGGAAGAUUAGAAUGAAGAUGGGGAUGAUGGAGGCAGAGAGGCAAGAGGACGCGGUUACCAGACUUUUGUGGUAUCAGUGACGUUUCCACUGGAUCUAGGAUGCAGGUUAUUAUAUACAGGGUAUCAAGCUGAACCACAACAUUUAUGUAUCGAGUAAAAAAAGUUAACAAUGCAUAUUACAAAUUCGAAAUGGGAACAAGGGGUGUCGGAUAUGGAAGCAGACACAGUUUGCACGGCAUGCACGGUCAAUGACGGAACAAGAAGCUGUGGGUCAAGAUCAACAAAAGCGGAACAUCCAAAACGACAGUGAUCCAUUGGCCAUGAUGUCACAUGGGUUACAGAGGACUGAGCCAGCGCGAUGGCACAAUGGAAUAGGGUUUGUUGCAUUUAUGGGCUGCAUGGCAGAAGAGAAAGGCGGACUCAUGAGAAGGGUGGGAUUGAUGGCAUAGGAGACUAUUCAGCACAGGGAUGGACUGUCAACUAGAUAUAUGUAAUUAUCGUCAACAUGGGCACUCAUGAGAAAUUGACAAGCUAAUAAUGAAAGUACCCUUAGAAAUAGACGGUUAGAUUAGAUCAAUGAUACUCCAGCUAUUUAAUAAAAGUAUCAUAAGGCACUGUAAGACCCUCACCUUAUUAUUCUGUGUAGAGAAGUCAAACAUUUGCUAA